AUGAGUGCUUCGGAGAUUACCUCGAUCUCUCUGCAGGCCGCAGACUUCAAAGAAAGUAAUGACGCGGACCUUAUCAAGGUGCAGAAUGAGGAUGAGCUACGUUUGGCCCAGAUGGGCCAUAAACAAGAAUUGCAGCGACAUUUCUCGGUUUGGAGCUUGAUCGGACUUGCGGCAAAUUGUACAAUCUCAUGGACAGGUCUCGGCUUGGGAUUGAUCACUGCAAUCAACGCAGGUGGUCCUGGCGCCCUCAUUUAUGGCUUCAUCCUCGUUUUCAUCCUUCAAUCGUUCGUCGGGGCCUCCCUGGCAGAAUUUGUAUCGGCAUAUCCCACCGAGGGAGGAAUGUACCAUUGGAUUGCAGCUAUUGCCCCGAAGAGAUAUAACAGCUUGCUUAGCUUUGCGACUGGAUGGUGCACUGUCUUUGGAUGGAUCUUCACGACUGCCUCGACCAACUUGAUUUAUGCCACAACAGUCAUGGCACUGAUUGCGCUUUUCCAUGAUGGACUGGUGGUUCAACCGUGGAUGACAUUUGUCGCAUAUCAGGUCUUAAAUAUCCUGACUUCCAGUGUCAUCAUGUUCGGCAAUCGGUUCAUCCCAGCGAUCAACAAAUUCUCAUUGAUUUACCUACAAUUGGCAUGGUUUAUCACCAUGGUUGUUGUGGCCGCCUCGGCGCCUGUGCAUAAUGACACUAAAUUCGUGUUUCGCACGUGGAUUAACAAUACCGGUUGGGACAAUAAUGUCAUCUGCUUUAUCACAGGCCUGGUGAAUCCGAUGUACUCACUGGGAGGUCUGGAUGGGAUCUCACAUAUCACAGAAGAAAUGCCUAACCCUGGACGGAAUGCUCCCUUGGGUCUAGCUAUCACCCUUUCGAUCGCAUUCGUGACUGGACUGUCAUACCUUCUAAGCCUCAUGUUUUCAGUCCAAAACUAUGGCACCUUGGCUGAUACACACACCGGACUUCCUCUUGCCGAGCUUUUCUGGCAAGCCACGUCUACAAGAGGUGGAGCAUUCGGUCUGGUGUUCAUGGUGUGGAUUGCUCUUGGUCCCUGUGUCAUCGGUUCACAAUUGAGCACCGGGCGAGUCUUUUGGGCGUUCUCCCGUGAUGAAGGCCUGCCCUUUUCAAAGAUUUGGGCCUGUGUCAACCCAAGGCUCGGAUCACCGUUCAAUGCACAGCUCUGUGUUGCUGUGAUUGUUGCGCUUUUAGGAUGUAUUUACUUGGGCUCUAGCACCGCCUUCAAUGCAAUGAUGAGUUCUGCCGUGACAAUUAACAACUUCGCAUACCUUGUUCCCAUUUUGACAAAUGUGCUGUUGCUUCGCCGGACGAUGCAUCGUGGUCCAUUCUUUAUGGGUCAAACAAUCGGAAUGACCGUGAAUAUCAUCUCUGUGGCGUGGUUGAUAUUUGCCGUCGUAUUUUUCUCGUUCCCAUAUCAGGUGCCUGUAGUGGCAUCCAACAUGAACUAUACAUGCGUCGUUGUAGGCGGGUUCUUGACUAUCGAGCUUGUUUGGUGGUGUGUUGCUGGAAAGCGAUAUUCGCAAACAGUGCAGCGCGCCAAAGAAGAAGGAACGGCUGAGCCUGAGGUUAUUAAGGGCAAGAGCGAUGGAUAA